AAACCCUAAAACCCUAAAGAAGAGUUAAGAAACUAGAAGAAACUGCUACUCCUGCUUCUAGACCCUUCUCUCCCAUCACUUUCUGGGUUUCUUUUUUCCCUCUUUUAAAACCCACCCCUGAAACACACCCAGUGUCUUUUGUCACCCCACAAAUAGCUUUGCUGUCAACAUUUUACUCAAGAUUUUCCUCUUUUUCUUUCCUCUCAAACUAACUAUGUAUCGUUUUGCUUCAAGCCUUGCUUCUAAAGCUAGGGCUGCUAGGAACACUACAUAUCAGAUUGGUAGUAGGCUGAGUUGGAAUAGGAACUAUGCUGCAAAAGAUAUUAAAUUUGGAGUGGAAGCUCGAGCAUUGAUGCUUAAAGGUGUUGAAGAGCUCGCUGAUGCUGUUAGAGUAACCAUGGGUCCUAAGGGGCGGAAUGUGGUUAUUGAACAAAGCUACGGUGCUCCAAAAGUGACUAAAGAUGGUGUAACUGUUGCAAAGAGCAUUGAAUUCAAAGACAAAGUGAAGAACGUUGGUGCGAGUCUUGUGAAACAAGUUGCAAAUGCCACCAAUGAUGUAGCUGGUGAUGGAACUACCUGUGCAACGGUGCUUACACGAGCAAUUUUUACCGAAGGAUGCAAGUCUGUUGCUGCAGGAAUGAAUGCAAUGGACCUAAGGCGUGGCAUAACAAUGGCAGUUGAUGCUGUUGUAACAAACUUGAAAAGCCGGGCAAGGAUGAUUAGCACAUCUGAAGAGAUUGCUCAGGUUGGAACAAUAUCAGCUAAUGGUGAGAGGGAAAUUGGUGAGUUGAUUGCAAAGGCCAUGGAGAAGGUUGGCAAAGAAGGGGUGAUAACAAUUCAGGAUGGUAAAACAUUAUAUAAUGAGUUGGAAGUUGUCGAGGGCAUGAAGCUAGAAAGGGGCUACAUAUCCCCAUAUUUCAUCACCAACACUAAAACCCAAAAAUGUGAAUUAGAUGAUCCUCUUAUCCUAAUUCAUGAGAAGAAAGUAUCAAGCUUGAAUGCUGUUGUAAAAGUAUUAGAGUUAGCUUUAAAGAGACAAAGGCCCUUGCUGAUUGUAGCUGAAGAUGUAGAGAGCGAAGCACUUGCUACGCUCAUUCUUAACAAGCUUCGUGCUGGAAUCAAGGUCUGUGCCAUCAAAGCCCCCGGUUUUGGAGAAAACAGGAAGUCUAGUCUGCAUGAUCUUGCUGUCCUCACAGGAGGAGAGGUUAUAACAGAAGAGCUUGGCAUGAACCUUGAAAAGGUGGAUCUGGACAUGCUUGGCACUUGCAAAAAGGUUACUGUCUCAAAGGAUGAUACUGUUAUUCUUGAUGGGAAUGGUGACAAGAAAGCCAUUGAAGAAAGAUGUGAACAGAUUAGGUCAGCAAUUGAAUUGAGCACCUCUGAUUACGAUAAAGAGAAGUUGCAAGAGAGAUUGGCAAAACUUUCUGGUGGUGUGGCUGUUUUGAAGAUCGGAGGAGCUAGUGAAGCUGAAGUUGGUGAGAAGAAGGAUAGAGUUACAGAUGCACUGAAUGCAACAAAAGCAGCUGUAGAAGAGGGUAUUGUGCCAGGUGGUGGUGUCGCUCUGUUGUAUGCAUCGAAAGAGUUGGACAAGCUACCUACAGCUAACUUUGACCAGAAGAUUGGUGUUCAAAUAAUCCAGAAUGCUCUAAAGACACCUGUGCACACAAUUGCUUCAAAUGCUGGAGUCGAGGGAGCUGUUAUUGUUGGUAAGCUGUUGGAGCAGGAUAACCCUGAUCUUGGCUAUGAUGCAGCCAAAGGUGAAUAUGUCGAUAUGGUAAAGGCUGGUAUUAUUGAUCCAUUGAAAGUAAUUAGAACCGCUUUGGUCGAUGCUGCAAGUGUGUCGUCGUUGAUGACAACUACCGAAGCUGUUGUAGUCGAACUUCCAAAGGAUGAGAAUGUUCCGGCAAUGCCUGGCGGUAUGGGUGGCAUGGAUUAUUAAGCCUGAAGUGAAAAACCUGAGUGGUAAACAUGUUUAAUGGAAACGUGGGAAAAUUUUACUUAGGGGACGGGACCACUUACCGCAUGCUGUCUUCACAAUUAAGUUAUUAUGGUAAAAUGUACUGAAUUUUAAUUUCCCCAUUUUGGGUUUAAAUGUUCCAAUUUAAUUUUUAACAUUGUUUAAAGUUUUAUAAUACAAAUAUUAUUUUCGUUUUA